AUGUCUGAACGAAAAGUGCUCACCAAGUACUACCCGCCAGACUUCGACCCUUCGAAGAUCACGCGUCAACGCGGUCCCAAGAAUGCCGGUCCUAAGCUGAUGACGGUUCGCCUUAUGGCCCCUUUCUCCAUGAAGUGUACCCACUGCGGCGAGUUCAUCUACAAAGGGCGCAAGUUCAACGCGCGCAAAGAGACGACGGAUGAAAAGUACUACAACAUUGCUAUAUUCCGCUUCUACAUUCGAUGCACGCGAUGCUCCGGCGAGAUCACCUUCAAGACCGACCCCAAGAACAUGGACUACGAAUGCGAGCGUGGCGCAAAGAGGAACUUUGAGCCAUGGAGGGAGGCUAAGCUCAACGAGGAGACCGAAGAAGAGCGUUUGGACCGCAUAGAAAGAGAGGAGGCAGAGCGCGAUGCGAUGAAGGAACUCGAAACAAAGGUCAUCGAUGCGAAGACGGAGAUGGCCAUUGCAGAUGCACUAGACGAAAUCCGGUCGAGAAAUGCAAGACUGGAGAAGGCAGACCGCGAAGGCACAAGAACCGACGUCCAGCCCGAUGCUGCCGACGAACGACGGAAGAAGCAAGAGGAAGAAGACGCAGAGGCUGCACGACAAGCUUUCGCAAAUCGGAGCAUGCCUGAUAUCGGGGAGGAAACGAUCGAUGAAGACAUGUUCGACGCGCCAGCCGAGGCACCUGUGGUCACAACUUUUACCAAGAAGCCGAAGGAAAAGAAGGACUUCAGCGCUGCACUGGGCAUCAAGAAGAAGACGCCUGCACCGGCACCUGCGCCUCAGGUCAAAGCUGCUGCGCCACCUUCAAAACUAUCGACCAUGCUUGUAGCUGGUUACGACAGCGAUGAUGACUGA